AUAUUAUUGACAAUCGGUAUAAUAGUUACCCGGAAAAUGACCAAACGGCUGGGUAAAAUAAACGCUUUCGUUUUAUAGAGAGCGCUACUCUCCCAAAAAAAGAACGAGAAAUCUUUUUUGUUAUAUUCCUAUAUCCGAGACCAUUCCGAGAUCUCUAUGAGUUGACCAUGUGGUUUCAGUGAACAUUUUUGAAUGAUUAGUAUAAAGAACGGUUAUAUUUAUUGUGAAAGGUAUUAAUCGGCGAUUAACCAAAAUGUCGUUUUUUAUAAGAAAUAGUCGGGGUGGAGCUCCGAAGCGAAAGUUGAAUGGUCACAUUUCGAAUUCUAUGAGCGAUGCAAGAGUUAAAAAGAAUAAACGCAAAAAUUUCAAUCCCAAAGAUGAUGAGAGUAUUGCCAGCAGCGACGAGGAAUUUGCUGAAGAGAGAGCUGAGAAAGAGCAAAACUUUUCUGAAAGCUCGGAUGAAGAUCAGGAAACUGCACAAGAAAAACGACUUAGAUUGGCUAAAAAAUAUUUGGCUGAAAUAGAAGAUGAAGAAAAAGAUAGAAAAGAGUUUGAGGAAGGCGCAGUGACAAAAAGACUCCACGAAGAAUACCUUGAGGAAAAAGGACGGCUAAGAAAACUUGUAGCUGCUAAUUAUACCGGACAUACCGACUUGUUGGAAAUGCGUUGCAAAGAUCAUAGAGAUUCAAUUACGUGUUUGUGUCUUUCGAGCGACGGAAGAUUCGUAUAUUCUGGUUCGAAAGACGGAACAUUGGUUAAAUGGUCUGUGAUAGACAGGAAGAAGCUCAAAGUCCUCAAGGGCAAAAGAAAAUCUGAAGAGGGGAUUAAGGAUGUUCGAUGCAUUACCAUCAGCACGGAUGGAAAAUUUUUAGUUGUUGGGGAUGGCGGCGCAAAGAGUAUCAAGGUGUUAAACCCAGAAGAUUUUCAAUUGAUCAAAGAACUCCAAGGUCACAGAGGACCUGUGACUGGACUAGUAUUUCGAAGAGACACUCAUACUUUGUAUUCCGCCUCGGAAGAUAGAAGUGUCAAAGUUUGGAAUUUAGACGACAUGGCCUAUGUCGAAUCACUUUUCGGUCAUCAAAACAGUGUUACAUCUAUAGAUGCAUUGUCCCGAGAGCGAGCUAUCACGAGCGGCGGUUAUGAUCGUACGAUAAGAAUUUGGAAAAUUAUUGAAGAGUCUCAACUGAUUUAUAACGGUCAUGGCGGCAGUAUCGACGUCGUGAAACUAAUAAACGAGGAAAACUUCUUGAGUUGUGGAGACGAUGGACAUCUGUCUGUUUGGGGUUCCUUGAAGAAAAAACCACUCUGCACUGUUCCAGAAGCUCACGGCAAGGACGAAUCUAAUGGGCAACCUAUGUGGAUAUCGAGCAUCGCUACUCUACUAAAUACAGAUUUGGUUGCUUCAGCAGGUUCGAGGGACGGUGUCGUAAGACUUUGGCGAUGUGGCGAUUCCUUCAAGAGUUUAACAAUGUUGUUCGAGGUAAAAGUGAUUGGUUUUGUGAACGCGAUGGCGUUUACGCCGGACGGUGAGAACCUCGUCGUUGGCGUUGGACAGGAGCACAGAAUGGGGAGAUGGUGGCGAAUUCCCGAAGCUAAGAACAGAAUUGUUAUAGUUCCGUUAGUUCGGAACAAGAGUAACAACUAAUUGUAUAAUAUUGUUGGAAUAUAUAAAAACUUUUUUCACAAA